AAGCGUUUGUACUUUGUAGAGGCUUGGAGUUUGCAGCAAGCGCCAAACGGGUGGACGCGGGAUAAUACGUUGUAACCGUUUGUUGCGUAGGAACUUUACGCUGUUUGAAAACUUGUUCGACACACUCAGUUUUUCCUAGAAUCCCCUGCAGUGUGAAUGAUACAUACCAUAACGAAAUGUAUAAAACGUUUAUUCUGUUGUCACUAAGAAUACCUUCAACGGGUGACACUAUUUCUGUCAAUUAAGUACAAAAAGUGUAAAAAGCACUAUGUAUAAUGAAAGUCUUGAAAAACUACAACUGUCACAAUUAGAUUUUGCUGGCUGUUAAUUUUAGUCGUUGGAUUUUCGGAAAAUACCCGUCAUUGGAGAGGCAUUGUGAAGCGGACUGGUGUACAUGCUUGCAUUUAUUGGCGACUAGCAACUACUGAUACACGCCACUUUCGCCCAUGACUAGUCAUUGCGUAAAAGAUGCUUUCAAUGUAAUUGUAAAUGACUAGAGUUUCAAUAAUCGUUUGAUUCAAAAUGAUCUCUUAGUUUACCGCGAUCUUAAAUAGAUAAAUUUAUUUAACCGCGUAUAAUUAUGUCGGUAUGAGAUUUUAAGGGAAUUAAACAUUUCACAACUGAAGCAGUCAAUAAAGAAGGCUGGACACUGAGACAAAGAAACAUGUCCAACUUCAUUGGACCAGCACUGCCACCACAUCUGAAGAUUUCAAGGAAAAACUCAGAUGACAAAAAUGAGUGUAACGAUGAUGAUGUCGUAACAGGUGAUGUUUCUGAUGAGGAGUACCGUGAGGAUGCUCCAAGUGAGCAACCUGCAGUCUCGGAAGACGUGUAUGGUCCAGCAUUACCACCUGGCUUCAAGCCUAGGGUGGUAGGUCCAGCUGCAACGGUUACCAUUUCUAUGGCAGAGCAGUCAUCUACACUGCCUGAUUCCAUAAACAAGAGCUCAGAUGAUGAGGAUGGUGAUGUGGUAGGGCCAAUGCCUGCCAGUGAUAUAUCAGCUCAAGUUACACAGCAGUUAAAACAGCAGCUAGAGAGCCGGGCUCACAGAAUGAAGGAAAAACUUUCUGGCAAGGAAGAGGACCAAAAACUGAAACGUGAAACCUGGAUGCUUGAACUUCCUCCUGAGAAAGCUAAUCAGUUUGGCCUGGGACCACGGCAAUUUCGGGCACGAGCUGCGCCAAAUACAGGAGAUCGCUCAGUGUGGACAGACACACCAGAAGACAGAGAAAGAAAGGCAUCACAUCAGCCAGUUGCACCAACAGACAGUCUAAAGCAGAAGGCUUUGAAACAACGUGACCAGGAAAUAGAAAAACUGACUGAAGGAUAUUCAAAGAAAAGACAAAAGGAAUCGUUAUUGGAGUCUCAUCAAAAGAAGCUGAAAAGUGAAAAGAAAAAAAACAGUGACAGUAAGCAAGAACGGAGGCCAUUUGACAGAAAUGUUGACCUGCAGGCAAACAGAUUUGAUGAGGCACAAAAGAAGGCAAUUUUCAAGAAAGCUCAAUUAUUAAAUGAUAGGUUUGCUAGUGGUGAAAGCAAAUAUCUUUGAGCAAUGCUUUCAGAAAGUGUGCUGAUUUUUUGAAUGACUAAAAGUACAAAUGUGUAGGAAUAUUUAUGAACUAAUUUUAAAUGAUUUAUUUUUGUCACUAAUCUUACCAAGUGGAAAAUUUAUGAGUGGACAAUUUUACUUUAAAAAAAUGCUCAUAGUAAGUGAAGAAUCAUAUGUAAUGUUUAGUGAGAGACUGUAUUUUCUUAUUUUAUUUUUCCAAUGAAAAUGAGAGGCUCUAAGUUGUGUUCAUUGUAAUCUACUGACUGUUUGCCACCUUAUUUUUUCAAGUGAUGAUUAUGGUUAUGGUUACUGUGUGUUCCAAUUAUAUGUUCCAGUAAAACUAUUUUUAACUUGUUGAAAUAAAAUGUUAAUAAGUGA